UUCCUGUAUGUGAGCAGGUGAGACACACCUGUGGAGUCCGACAGGAAGCGGCGGCAGCGGAGCAGACGGAGUUUAUUCUCAACGAUUUGACGUUUUUACUAACGAGGGAACGGAAAACGCUUCCGUUUCUUCCCUGAAACCUUCGGAGCAGAGCGGCGAGGCGCGGCGGGACAGGUAAACUGUUUUCUUCCCACCACAUUCACACUGACCGCAGCUGAAAUGCCUCCACCCUCCUCUUCCUCCGUCUUGCUGCCUCUCCUCCUCCUCCUCCCCCUCCUACGGCCCGCCGGAGCGGCAGAGGACGCGCACUGCGGCGGCACUUUCCGCGCGGGUCACGAGGACUUCGUGCUGGACACGAAGUACGCGGUGAAGGCUGGAGCGGCUCUGCUGGCCACCACGCACGUGCACUCAGCGGAGGCCUGUGAGCGCGCGUGCUGCGGGGACCCACAGUGCAACCUGGCGCUGCUGGAGCCGCGCGACACCGGAGCGGCAGCGGCGGAGAACCGCACCUGCGUCCUGUUCAACUGCAUCUACAGAAACCGCUUCGCGUGCAGGUUCGUGAACGAGGCCGGAUACCUGAGCUACAUCAGACAGGCCGUGUUCCUGAAACACCUGCAGGGACCGGAGGGAUCAGGUAAGCAGGCUCCGCCCAUCGCCAUCACAAGUCCCGAUGUCAUCGUUCAGCCCGGAGCGACGGUGACGCUCAGCGGCAUCGAGAGCCAGGCGCGGAGCGGCGCCCACAUCAAAAGCUACCAGUGGACUCUGCAGAGCGGAGGCGAGGGCGUCAAGAUGGAGAAGACCGAUCUUCCUGACCAGGUGCAACUGUCCAACCUGCAGCCGGGCUCGUACGUCUUCCAGCUGACCGUCACCAACUCCAAGGACCAAUCGGACGCUGCCACGGUCAACGUCCUCGUCCUCAGCCCGGAGCUGUCCAGCUUGUACUGUCUGGCUCCGAUGAAGGUCGGUCCGUGUCGCGCUGCGUUUCCUCGCUGGCAUUACGACGCUGCGACAGGAAGCUGUCAGCAGUUUGUGUUCGGAGGCUGUAAACAAAACAACAACAACUUCCUGUCUGAGGAAGAGUGUUUGUCUGCCUGCAGAGGAGUCACAGCGACGUCAGAGAGGAGCAUCGUUCUGCCUUCUGCUGAGUGUGGGUCGGCGUGUCGUCCUGAUCAGCUGAUCUGCAGCGGCAGCGGCUGCUGUCUGGACAGAAGUCUGGAGUGUGACGGCGUGAAACACUGCAGCGACGGAUCAGACGAGGAGCAGUGCAGCAAACUGAACCAGACCUUCACCCGCCUGCUGAGCAUCAACGUGAACCAGAGGAACGCUCGCUGCUCACAGCCCCCCCACACCGGCCCGUGUCGGGCGAGUCACACCCGCUGGUACUACGACCCGCUGGACAGGAGCUGCCACCGCUUCACCUUCGGCGGCUGUGACGAAAACGAAAACAACUUUGAGGAGGAAAACAAGUGCAGCGAGACCUGCGACGGCGUGACCGAGCGUAACGUGUUUUUCAGAGGGAUGUUCGACCGUUUGGAGAAGGAAGACGAAAGCGACUCAGCCCACAUAGCGCUGGCUGUUCUUCUGUCGGUGGCCAUCUUGGCUCUGCUGGCGGUCUUGAGCUACUGCUUCCUCAAGUCCAGGAAGAAUCGCUCCCAUAGGCCCGUCGCCACAGGCCCCGCCCACGUGGCGCUGCCGGAGCAGGACACGCUCGUUUACAACAGCACCACCAAACCCGUGUGACGUCGCCGCUGCUGUCGCCACGGCGACCUGUCGCCACCAGCUGCUGUCUGACGUGUUGCUGUUUGUGUUUCUGGUUGUUUCCUGAUUCUCUUCUUUGCUGUUUUUUACUUCAGUGGUUUUAAGUUUUUGUCCUCCAGAUGCUGAAGAACAUUCCUGCCCCUCCACACCAGAGUACAUGGAUUUUUAUCAGCAUUUUACAGUGUUGAGAAAACUGUUAAUAAAACAAGCCAAGGUAAAUUAAAUUUAAAAAUAAGCCUCGUUAGCAUCACUCGGUUUGGUUCCCACGAGUGAUCUUCAUUUAGCUGCUGUAUAAAGAUGUUUUUAUGUGUGCUGGGGUUGUGUUCUCCUGUGUUUGUGUGUAUAUCAGUUUGUGUUUAAUAUAUUAGAGUUAAUAUAAAUAGUUUGGUCUGUUUGGGCUCAGGUUCUUUUUUUAUUUCAGAUUCAGAAUGAGAAACAUGUAAAUGUGUGUUUUCAGCUGUUUGACUGUAAAUACGAAGUCCUGUGUUGUUUUAAUCGUCUCAGGUCGUUUGUAUCUGCUGCCAUCGUGUUUUUAAUGUUUUUAUCUUUUUCAAUAAAGAAGAAACACGAAACUUU